AUGGGCGGCACCAAAAACACUAUCAAAAAUAAUAAAUGCUCCGGGUUGGGCUCGGGUGGUAAAUGCGCUGUCGAUGCUAGUGCUAUGGAUUCUCAUAAUAUUAUGCUAUCCGUCGAGGAUUUAUUUUUUGUUCAAUUAUUAUCAUCGAUACUAUUGUUUAUCAUAAUAUUAAUCACAAUUAUCGGCAAUAUUUUUGUGAUAACGGCUGUCAUCACAACACCUAAACUGCAGAUCAGAUCCAAUUACCUGAUCCUAUCGCUCAGCAUCACUGACCUGUUGACAGGUGUGCUAUCGAUGCCGGUGUUUGCUUAUCACGAAGUGGUACACCUGAGUGAGUGGCGUAUGGGAUACGCCAUGUGUCACAUCUAUAUCUUCUUAACACACGUGUUAACAACGGUCUCAUUCCUCCACAUCUUCUUCAUAGCCAUCGAUAGGUAUCUCUCGGUGUCGAGGGUUGAGUACUCGCGCCACCCGAGCCUAAGGCCGGCGCGGGUUAUGAUCGCCAUUUCGUGGACACUACCCCUGGCGAUGGGUGUGGGCCUAACGGUUAACCAUAUCGGUGCCGAUCUGUUGUACGUGGAGAGUAUAGGCGCACAUAUUUGCCUGUUUGUCGACGAUCCCGAUCGUUUAACUUUAGCUUCGCUUUCAAUUGGACUAAUAUUGCUCGUGGUCAUUUAUUCGCUCUAUUAUGGCAUUUAUAAAAAAUCGUGUGAAUUUCGUCACAAAACCCAAACUAAAGGCAAUAAACGAUCCAAAGCUAGUACUCAACGGCAAACGUCAACCAAUCGGGCGCUGAGUUGUGAGUUUCAAGUGGCCGUACGUUCGAUCAUAAUUACCCUGGCGUUUACCAUAUGCAUGUUACCCUAUAUCAUAAUGUCCUUUACGAUUAAUAUUAAUCAAGAAUUAAAAUACCAGAUGUUAGCUGUCAUGCAUUUAAUUAUAUGGUUUGUUUAUAUCAAUUCAAUGCUUAAUCCAAUCAUUUAUGGCUCGUUUAAUGGCGAUUUCCGGCUGGCAUUCAAGCGAUUGUUAGAAAAAACUUAA